UCUGUGGAUUUUUUAAAAAGUGGGGUUGCAGCCUAACAGGUUAAAGAAGCAGGUCAAGUCUUCGAAUUGUUGCUAACCUCUAUAUUGAUAUGUUUUCUCCAGGUCAUUUUAAAUGGACAGCUUUGUCACUGACAAGUUAACUGAGUGGCGGCUGUCUGAGCUGAUUGAGAAUUUUAGAGAUGAAGACAUAGAUGAGGAAGCAUUUCUUCUUUUAGAUGAAGACACUAUAAAAAAUCUUGUCCGCAAAGUUGGCCCCAGGCUUAAAUUCCUGAGUCUCUUCAGAGAAUUUAAGGGUUCUAAUGCUCCGGCAGCUGCUGCGUCACCUCAACCUUCGACUUCUAAUGAAUCCAGAAGCCAUGAUGCUGACCUCAUAUGCCCCCUGGAAGAAUCGGCAAAUCAGAUGUUGGUGUUAGAAGCAGUUCCACCACUUGAUAUCCGACAGGUUCUUUCUGCAGUGUCCAGUGGCAGAGAAAUAAUAAAUAAUCUUCAAGACACUGGAGUCAUCAAUAGAAAACAAAGGAUCACUCUGACACAAAUUCUGGUGUCUUUUUUGAUUGAGAGGUUUGGACAGAGGCCAUCCACAAGCAUAAAACAGGCCCUGGCGCUAUCAUUGGUGCAGACAUUCCCGGCCCUGAAUGAUAAUUCAGACAGUGGCUAUGACAUAUGGUACACAAAAGCCAGGAAGCUAAUCAAGGAUGGAGGAGUGAUACACUACCCAGCCACGGGCUUCUUAGAAGAAAGACUAAGGAAUGUCAGAAAGAGGUCAAACCGUGGGUCCACCCAACAAAUGCCUGAAGCCAGCCAGUCACGAAGGGCAUACAUACCAGAAUCAACCGUUCCAGAAGAAAGAGCCUUCCAACAGAAGGAAUGGCUGAAACACAAUUCAGAGCCUUUCACUCAAGUGCAGUCCUACAUGAAGGACACAGUGUUAUCCAGAGCCAACUGGAUCCGGGGUAAUAGCUCCAAGGACAUACUGGAAAUCCUCACAGAGUACCCUCAUCUCACCAGUCCGGGCAUGAUUUUGCAGGACUUCCUGGUGCUGCAUGGUGAGGCUGCACCUAAAUUAUUUGAGACCUGGCUCCCUGAAUAUGCCGAAAAGGUCCUGUACUUGGCCAAACAGGAAAAUAAACUCCCUUCAGUUACUGUUGAGGACAUGACACUGGAUGCCAAAGGGGAACUAGCCCUUACACUGCUACCCACCAUGGUACCACAGGCCGUCUACAGAGUUGGGAAGAAGAGUAUCCGGCACUCCACUGAAGAGUCACGGACAGCGUUCAUACACCAAAUGCCUGUUGGAACAAAUAUGGUGGAAUACCUCCAGCAAUCACAGCCAUUCCCCUCUGUUCUGGCGCUGGGAGAUCCCCAGCAAUGUGCAUCUCAGGCAUUUGUGAUAUUAGCUGGUCAAGCACUCCCUCAGAGCACACUGCUUGGAGCAGUUGACGUGUGCUUCAAGGCAUUUUAUGUUCUUGAUAUCAACUACCCUAAGCAGUGUGCUCCCGCAUGGGAAUUUCUGCAGCAAGUUGUGUAUCAGAUUGAGGGAUCUGAAUCAAAACCCGUCAAAUUCCUUAAGACUUCCUUGCUUAAUUGCAGGACUGUUUAAUUGUUUUAAACUGCAUGAAGUGACACAUCCAAUGUGUAAAGACUUAAAGCCUUCUUAAGGCUUUUGCAUGGACUGUUUAAUUGUUGUCAUUUAAUGCAGUUUACAACUAAUGUUUAAAGACUUAAAGCCUUCUAAAGGCUUUAAACUGGAUUGAACUUAAAGUUUAAUCCGGUUAUUUUGUUGAAUGUUUCAGAGUUGUUUAUUUUUCUAUUUUUCUGCAUUAAAUGACAACUAAUGUUUAAAGACUUAAAGCCUUCUUAAGGCUUUUGCAUGGACUGUUUAAUUGUUGUAAACUGCAUUAAAUGACACAACCGAUGUUUAAAGACUUAAAGCCUUCUAAAGGCUUUAAACUGGAUUGAACUUAGUUUAAUCCGGUUAUUUUGUUGAAUGUUUCAGAGUUGUUUAUUUUUCUAUUUUUUCU